UUCAGGCGGGAGUUCGGUUUUAUCUCGAUAUAAAUUACUAACAAUUUAGUUUCUUUGAUAUUGAGAGUAACUGCGUAUUUAUCAUUAUAAUAGUAAUGUGAAUAACAUCGUUUGAAAGGUUGAGUUUGAAGAAUUAAACAUUUUGUCAGGAAUUAAUUAUAAAUUCAGGCCAAAGUUUUUAAAAUCAAUUUUCAUUAAAUAUAAAUUUCAAUGUCGUCGCCGGAAGAAAGUAAUGCCCUUGAACAGCUAAGUUCCCUAGACCGUGUGGUGGUUCGUGAAAAGACGGCAGAUUAUCCUAACUGCAAGUAUGUGGUGACAAGCAGUGAGGGCGUGGUGUUGCUUUACGCCAAGGAAGACUGUGGUAUUGUAAACAAGGUUCUAGCAGGAAAGACUAGGACGUUCCAGAUUGAUGUCUUCGACACAAACGAUAGAGAGGUAAUAAAACUUCGCCGUCCCUACAGCGUGGGUCAGGACAAAAUGGAUGUAAGUGUUUGCGGUCAGCUCGCUGCCAUCGUUCGUAAAGAGGUGACCUUCUUCAAGCCCGUCCUCACCAUAAAUGACACUAACGAUCGACAGGUCAUACGGGUCAAGGGCCCCGUCUCUACAACUUCUCAGUGUGAUUUUGAGUUGUAUUCCAAUGAGAAGAAACGUAUUGGUGCCAUUUGCAAACGCUGGAACGGUCUAACUCGCGGUCAUGGUGAUAGGGAUAACUUUGUCAUACACUUACCACAGAUGGAUGCUUCCUACAAAGCUGCUGUUUUAGGGACUUGCUUUCUCAUUGACUUUCUGUACUACGAAAAUUAAAAGAUCGCUACAAAAUUGUGUUUGGGCGCCAUCUAGUAGCAAAUGAAGGAACUGUGCUGAAACUACGAUUCGUGUGUUGAUUGCAACAGUUUAACUUUUUUAUUUAUGUAAUGAGGUUAUUAAUAGCAAU